UCUGUUUGUUUUAUAGUCUGAAUACUCACUCUCUUUCUCUAUCACCAAAAACAGAACACAAAACAGAAGAAAAAUAAUAAAAAAUGUCGAUUCUUCUGUAUUUCAUCGCCUUUUUAUCGCUAAUAUUCAUGAAGAAAAUCAAAGACUCGAAACGAAAUCUUCCUCCGAGCCCACUGAAGCUUCCAAUCAUCGGAAACCUAUACCAGCUUCGAGGAUUGUUUCACAGAUGUCUUCACGAUCUCUCCAAGAAGCACGGACCCGUGCUGCUUCUCCGUCUAGGUUUUCUAGACGUGGUUGUGAUCUCAUCGAGCGAAGCUGCUGAAGAAGCUCUCAAAGUACAUGACCUUGAGUGUUGUACCAGACCUAAGACUAACGUAGGAUCAAAGCUUUGGCGUAACGGUAAAGACAUCGGAUUUGCCCCAUAUGGUGAGUCUUUGAGAGAGUUACGAAAGCUUUCUGUUCUUAAUUUUUUCAGCACGAAGAAGGUUAGAUCUUAUAGGUACAUCAGAGAGGAAGAGAAUGAUUUGAUGGUCAAGAAACUGAAGGAAUCGGCUCUGAAGAAAUCUUCUGUAGAUUUGAGCAACACACUUUUCUGUCUAGUUGGGAGUAUCAUACUCAGAUCUGCCUUUGGACAGCGUUUCGACAAGAGCAAUCAUGUAGAUGCGGAAAAGAUCAAAGACCUCAUGGUUGAGGUCCAGAAACUUGGGUCACUAAGUAAUUCUGAUCUUUUCCCUGGUGGUUUGGGAUGGUGUGUAGACUUUGUGUCAAGACGAAAUAAGAAACUUGACAAAGCCUUCGUCGAGGUUGAUACUAUGCUGAAUCAUAUUGUUGAUGAUCACUUGAAAAACCCUAUAGAAGAAACAACUCAUGAUCGUCCUGAUAUCAUCGACUCGCUCUUAGAUAUGAUACAUAAACAAGAACAAGAUGCAUCUUUCAAACUCACCAUUGAUCAUCUCAAAGGAAUUCUCCAAGAUAUAUAUCUUGCUGGAGUAGACACAAGUUCCAUCACCAUGAUUUGGGCAAUGGCAGAGCUUGUUAAAAACCCGCGGGUGAUGAAGAAAGUUCAAGAUGAGAUCCGAACAUGCAUUGGAAUCAAACAAAAUGAAAAAAUCGAGGAAGAAGAUAUCGAAAAGCUUCAUUACUUGAAGCUUGUGAUCAAAGAAACAUUAAGACUACACCCAGCAGCACCUCUUUUACUUCCAAGAGAAACAAUGGCUGAUAUCAAGAUUCAAGGCUACAACAUUCCUCAGAAAACAUUUAUUUUGGUUAACGCAUGGUCGAUAGGACGGGAUCCUAAACACUGGAAAAACCCUGAGGAGUUUAACCCGGAAAGGUUUAUCGACUGUCCUAUGGACUACAAAGGAAAUAGCUUUGAGAUGUUACCAUUUGGUUCUGGUCGAAGGAUAUGUCCAGGGAUAGCUUUUGCGAUUGCGACCGUUGAAUUGGGAUUAUUGAACUUGCUUUACUUCUUCGAUUGGAGAUUGCCUGAAGAGGAUAAAGAUAUGGACAUGGAAGAGGCUGGUGAUAUCACUAUUAUUAAGAAAGUUCCUCUUAAGCUUGUCCCAAUUCUUCAUCACUAAAAAGGAAAAAGAAAUGAUCAUCAUUAUAUAAAGGCCUAUAUAAGAAUAAAAAAAAACUUAUGAAUGAAAUUAUAUUUUCUACAGUCAAGAGAAAAUAAUGUUUGUAUCAUAAUGUAUAUCUUCUAUCUGUUUUGCUCUAUAUAUUGUUGUAUACUUCUGUUUAAUCAUUAUCUUAUUUAUGUUGUUACUUGUGUAUCA